ACACCACACACAACACUGCAACCAUGGCAGACGCAAUCUCUAUCGAGGAGACGAACAGGUUACGUGUGUCUCUGGGCAUGAAACCUUUGCCUGUACCUGGAGCCGGCCCUGUAUUUAAAGAAGCAUCUUCCGCUCCUGCUGAAGAAGUAGGCAGUACGCUCGAGUCACGACAAGCCGAAGGCUACGAGAAUUAUCGCAAACUACAAGAAGCCGAAGAAGCGAAGAGAAAGCGCGAAGCAAAGGCCGCGGCUAUCAAAAAAGCUCGAGAUGCUGCUAAACGAUUCACGCAAUUGGAAGGCAAGGGCCUGGGAGAGGCAGAUGAUGAUGGCGAUAUGGAUGCGAAAACCUGGCUGAUCAAACAGAAGAAGCGACAGAAGGAGAUCGAUAAAGCUAGACAGAGAGAAAAAGAAUUGGCGGAAGCUGAAGCAGCAGCCGCUGCGGAGUAUACGGCUAAAGAUCUUGCUGGUGUCAAAGUCGGGCAUGAACUGGAUACUUUUGAGGAAGGCGAAGAACAAGUCCUGACGUUGAAGGAUGCCACUAUCGACGAGAACGAAGAGGAGGGGGAUGAGCUUGAGAACCUGGACCUCCGAGAGCGCGAGCGUCUGAACGAGAAACUGGAACUCAAAAAGAAGAAGCCUGUCUACAACCCACACGAUGACGAGGAAACCGGCAAAGGUAUUCUAUCCCAUUACGACGAGGAGAUCGACGGUAAGAAGGGCAAGCGAUUCACGUUGGAUGGUAUGGGAAGUACGGCCGAAGCUGCUUCAGAAGGCAUAUCUGCACAGAAGAUCAAGCCCAAGGCAAUAAGCCUUGAUUUCUUGAAAGACGAACCAAAGUCCGACUACCUAGACAUCUCAGAGAUCAAGAUCAAGAAACCCAAAAAGUCCAAGAAGAAGUCUACUCGACAGAAAGCUGCAGACGAGGACGAUAUAUUCCCAAUGGCCGAACAAGCACAUACCCCACAAGACGGAGCUAUGGAAGUCGACCAGCCAGCUCAACUUGUCAAGAAGAGAACUUUUGAAGACACGUCUUUUGUUGACGACGAUGAUCUUCAAGCUUCGCUUGCUAAGCAAAGGAGAGGUGCUCUCAAGAAACGACAAAAGCUGAGGCCAGAAGAACUCGUACAACAAAUUCGAGAAGAGGAGUCAGCUACGCCAGCGGCGGAUACUGAGGAGGCAGAGGGUGGUCUGAUAAUAGACGAGACGUCAGAAUUCGUUGCGAAUCUACAGAAGCCUAGUGCACCUGAACGGAAGCAGCGAAGAUCCUCAUCACGACAAGCUGAGGCUGUCACAGCGAUGGGUGACUCUGAUGAAGAAGGUGAUAUUGAUAUGGACCGAUCAUAUGCCAACGUCGAAGACGAAGAGGAUCGUUUGGAACGACUUAAACGAGAAGCAUCAGCUCUCGAUGAAGUGACGAACAACGGCCUCGAAGCAGAAGCUACACUUGAUCGGGGCGUCGGCGCCACGAUGAGACUUCUAAAAGAGCGAGGUCUAAUUAAGCAGGAAGAGAAUGGAGAUCUCAAUGCGAUCUUCAGACAGAAGCAAUUGUUCUUAGCUGAGAAGCAACGUCGCGAGGCUGACGCUGAAAAGAAAGCUAGAGCGCAAAGAGAACGAGACCGUGCUACUGGACGAUUGGAUCGCAUGUCUGCUCGAGAGAAAGAAGAGUAUGCACGACAACAGAACACGUUCCGAGAUCAGGUCGAAUCACGCCAGCUUGCUGAGCAUUUCAACAAAGAAUACAAGCCAAACGUCGAACUGAAGUAUAUCGACGAUUUUGGAAGAAGCAUGAACCAAAAGGAAGCUUUUAAGCAUCUGUCUCAUCAAUUCCACGGCAAGGGAAGCGGAAAGCAGAAGACCGAGAAGAUGUUGAAGAAGAUCGAGGACGAGAAGCGAAGAGAAGCCCAGAGCUCGCUCGAUGGGAGUCAGAUGGGAGGUAUGAGCAAUGCUACAGCACAGCAACGAAAGAAGCAGAAGCAAGCAGGCGUCCGACUUGCUUAGUGGAAGAGGGUGGCUGGACUAUGGGAUGACAAGACGAUGUCUGCGGAAACAUUGUGAUCCAACUCCUCAUUGAGGUAAGUUGCUCCAGUGUCCGAUCCCGUCAUCGAGGUAGGUCUUGCUUCCCACGCCCGAUCAGAGACUUUCUCUGCUCUCAUAUCUCACUGACUCAUUGCUCGUUCUGAUUGUCUCUCAUUUUUCAUUCAUCACUCGAUACCCUGCUUUCCCUCAUCUAUUCUAUCUCAGGAAGCAGAACCUCGUGAUAGUAAGCUUCAUUGAUUCAAAUUCGUGUCGUGACUGUAUAUAUAUAGCCAUGGAUACCACAUAGAGGAAAUGCAAACAAUCCAAAUC